AAAUUCGUUAAGUGUAAUGGGAAAUCCCGGUAGGCCUAUCAUAUCAAUGUGAUGAAGCAAAGAAUCAUUGUGUCAAUACAUAAGUGAUUUUCAUCCGAACACUGUUAGUUUUGGCGUGUGUUCAAUGUUUUCAACAGUCUCACUGAUGACUUGCUACGGACACCCGAUGAACCAAAUCUGCAGAGGGAGUUUUGGCUGUUCUGAAUUCGAACGCACUGUGUCGACCUAGGCUAGGCCAACUACAACACACAGCGCUGAGCGGGGCCGCUGAGCUUAGAAGUAGGGGCAGUACGAAUGUACAGGAAACUCGGGAUGAUGUCACUCAGGUAGAUUUAGAGGGUCAAGUUUGAAACGGUAGUGAAAAUGUGUAUUGAUAUUUGAAUAUUCGAAGGAUAUGUUGUGUUCAGUGCUAUUCUAAAUCAAGUGGAUUAUUUUAUUUGAAUGUGUAGAGAAAGUGGUGCCGGGUGAGCUAUCGAUUUUCAUUUUUAGACCAGCGCUGGAGUGUGUCUCUGAAGAACCCUGCAGCGGAUCGAAGACAUUCCCUCAGAUUCAGGGUUACGGAAGUUGAAUCUUCUAUCAACUGGAUUCGGCAAACUGCCGGGUUGUUGUGCAUGACUGGUUUUAUAAACCAAUGCACUGUGUAUUAGAACGACGUCGAAUGUGUUACGUAAAUGGAAAAGCCUAGCCCUUUAAGUGAAGCAUUUGCAUUUUAAUGCAAAAUAGCAUCGCCUGCAACCCCAGUUUUAUAUUACCAUUGUUUUCUUAGGAUUACACAAAAUGGCGCUCGCCUGGAAUAUUUAUUCUUGUUUUCAGCUUAUCGUUUGCUGUCAUUUUAUUGCCUUUUCAACAGCAUCGUUCAAACACAACAAAUUGCUAUCAGAUGACAAUCAUCUGGUACACAGGACUAAACAUCGACGACAAACACUUCAAACACCAACAUAUCAAGGUUCCUUCAGCCAGCACGUCCCUGUUCCAGAAAAUGUAGUGGAUUCAGGUUUUGUGUUUUUUGAUCUUAAUUCAGUUCUGAUCGAUGGCAAAAUGACAUCGUCCUUUUCGUUCAAAGUAAUAAUAACUCCAGAAAGCGUCCCUCAAGUUGAAAAUCUCUUCAUUGUAGACAAUAGUAGAAACAUAAGAUUUUCAAACACAACAUCCAGUGCAGAGCGUGCAGCAAAGAAAUAUUUAGACUAUGAACAGAAUACCACACUGGUAAUAAUCUUAGAAGCCACACCAGAACUGGACCCUACUGAUAUAAAAUUAAUCAAAGUGACCAUCCCUUUGGCUGAUGUAAAUGAUGAGUUACCAGUUUUGAAAAACAAACCAUUUCCUUAUUUAGCCGCUAUACCCUUAGAGCCAGAUGCAGGCCAUAUUGUGUAUGUUCUGUUGGCUGAAGACCCAGAUACCAACUCUCAACUAGAUUAUCUUUUGGAUGAAUCAGCAUCAACUGAAGUUAGGAAUCAUUUUCAUAUUGUGAUGGUCAAUGAUGGAAAAUUUGAAGAAGGGCAUAUCAAAGUAACAAGACGGACCAAGUUUAACUUGGGGCAAGAAUUUAACAUUCCAAUUGUCAUAAGAGACAAGAUGGUUAUUACUCAGUCCAUCAAUGCAGUCAUCAAUGUCAAAGUUGGAUCAAGGCCACCACAAUUUUUCCAAGAAAAGUACAUUGGAUCAAUAUAUGAGACACAGUCAAUUAAUAACCCUGUCUUUGAAGGAAACUCCAGCACCACUUAUUUACAUAUACAAGUACAUCAAUUUCAACAAGGCUAUCCAAAGACAUUCUAUAUUUUAGAUGAAUCCAAGAAAGAAUCCACUCAGUUCCGCAUUGAUGAAAAUGGAAAUAUUUACAAUAAAGAUGCUCUAGAUUUUGAUGUACAAAUAACCCAAAGGCCUCCAAAGUUUCGUCUGUUCAUUCAAGUAAAAGAACAAUUGGAAGAUGGAUUCUUAGAGAACUAUGUACCACUUGAGAUAACUAUCAAAGAUGACAAUGACAAUGCUCCUAGAUUCCAGCUGACUCAGUACCUGAAUACUAUACGUGAAGAUGAACCAAUAGGGAAAUCUAUUUUAACAGUUGUGGCUGAAGACAAUGAUUCAGGUGAAAAUGGCAGAGUGACGUAUGAACUUAACAGCACAUAUUUUGGAGUCAAAAUGGAAGAAAAAAACAAAGGAGUCAUUUAUGUCAAAGAAAAACUUGAUUUUGAUGCAUACCCUGGACCCACAUAUCGCUUCAUAGUAUAUGCUAAAGAUCAUGGUGUCCCCUCUCAGAGCAGCUCAGUGGAUGUAACUGUAACAACAUACAAUGUGAAUGAUGAAAAGCCUAAAAUCAUUCAACCAGAGCAAUUGGUUCUACGAGAUGUGGUGCCAGAUAACUUUAUUCUAACCCGCCUGAGAGCUACUGAUGCAGAUGGAGACAAUGUCAAAUUUUAUUUCACUCCUUUUGGUGAAAAAUAUGAAAUUUUUACCAUCAAGCCAUCUUCAGGCAUCAUCCAGGUGUCAGCAGGUACAGUGCCUUCAAAUGUCAACACAUAUACUCUCAACAUUACAGCAGUGGAUGAUGGAUCAUGUUGUGGUGGUACACAGAAGCUAGAGAGUCAUGCUUCCUUCCAGGUACAGAUAGUGGAGGCUGUCAACCAGAAGCCCAUCUUUGUUAACUGUUUAAACUAUUCCAAAGCCAGCUUCAAGGAAGAGUCUCCACCAGGCACACCAAUAAUACGGGUCAGUGCUGAAGACAAAGACAGAGGUUUGAAUGGCAAAGUCACUUACACAAUUGAGUCACCCUCUCCGACAAUGGCUGAUGCACCAUUUAACAUUGAUUCUGUUACAGGUCAGAUAACUGUUAAAUCCAAAGUAAACCUUGAAGCCUUGGAUAAAGACUACAUACAGGUGACUGUGAAAGGUUCUGACAAUGCACAAAGUCCGCAAGAAGGCUGGUGCACCUUUCGUGUGACAGUGGAGGAUAUCAAUGACAAUCCUCCAGUGUUCAGCUCAGCAUCUUACACAGAGAAGAUCUCUUCCAAUGCUCAAGUCAAUAGAGUGAUUUUGAGAGUUGGAGCCACAGACAGAGAUGUAGGAAACAAUGCCAAGAUAGUGUACUCAAUUGUGAAGGAUAAGAACAAUGCCAGUGAUGUGUUUGGAAUUUAUCCAGAGAGUGGAUUGAUUUUCCUCAAGUCUCACUUGGUUGCAGGGAGAACUGAGUACAGGUUUGUGGUUCAGGCUCAAGACUCUGGUAUUACUCCCCAGUCUGGAACUGCCACUGUCAAAAUUGAAGUAGCUACAGAAACAAGUGAACCACCUAAGUUUGAUCCUGACCCAAUAAGUCCAAGCUAUGCUUACAGAAUAGCAGAGACAGUGACCCCUAAUACACAAGAUGCUGUGAUAACUACAUUGAGUUGCAAAUCUAAUAUGGCCAACCCUAGAGUCCAGUUUUUCCUGGUGGACCCCAGGGGUACGCUACAGUCUCAACAGGCUGGCUCUUUUGCCAUAACUGAGUUUCAGCAAGGGGGGCACUUUAUGGUUAAUGUAUCAGUGGCUCAGCAGUUGGAUUAUGAGAAGGUCAAACAGUACAGUGUCAUCUUACGUUGUCAGAACUUUGGAGGCCUGACCAUGUAUGACCAGAUAACCUUAACUAUUGAUGUGGAAGACCGCAACAACAAAGUGCCUUACUUUGCUGGAAUGGAUGCCAAUGGACGAUAUGCAGGCACUGUUCCAGAAAACACUAAUUCAGGGGCAACUGUGAUAGAGGUUCAGGGUUAUGAUGAUGAUGUGUCUGAGGCAUAUAAUAGACUUCAAUUUGAGCUCUCUUCAGACAGUUACCCAGGUGUUCAUGAAGAUUUCAAGAUCACUGCUCUACCUGGCAACAAGGCAGCCAUUGUCACACUGAAGGAGUUUGACAGGGAGUUAACACCACGCUUUUUCUUGACUGUCACAGCCAAUGAUAGAAAUCCAUCUGACAGGCCCAAUCAUAAGCCUCUGGCUCCAAAUUCAGCUUCUGUAGUAGUGCAGGUUGAUAUUACUGAUAAAAACGACAACCCUAUGACAUUUAAACAAUCACUGUAUAACCAAACAGUCCCUGAAACAGCAGCCAUUGGAACUGUGAUUUUUGCAGUAACAGCAGAUGAUAUUGAUGAAGUUGAUCAUGGCAGAUUGAAAUACAACUUUCUCCCCCAGAAAGAGGCUCCUCCAUUUGAUAUCCGUGACCAGACUGGAGAGAUUGUAGUGAAUGGGAAACUUGAUUAUGAAAGCAAUAACAAGGUGUACAACUUGAUCUUGGAGUCUAGAGACAGUGAAAACUUCUAUUCAGCUACAACAAGUGUGGUGAUCUACAUCAGUGAUGAGAAUGACAACCCUCCAGUGUUUGCUAAGAGUGAGUACAUAAUAGCAGACAAAGUGGUGGAGGAAGACACUUCAAUAUCCAAAGACAAUCCAAUGGAACUGAUCAGGGUAACUGCAACAGAUGCUGAUUUGUCUAGAACAACCAAAAUGCGCUAUUACUUGCGAGGUAAAGGGACUGAACCAGGGGACAAACAACUUUUUUACAUUGAGCAAGACACUGGCAGGGUGUUCCUGGUAGCAGCUCUUGAUAGAGAUGAGCCUAAUGGGAAAUCUGAGUACAUUUUCACUGUAGAGGCCAGAGAUGAGGAUGAGAAUUACCAAAGUGGUUACACCAACAUCAAAGUGAAACCUUUGGACAUAAAUGACAACCGACCAAUAUUUGAUGAAAACAGGCUAACAGGAGAAGUGUUUGAGCAUUCUCCACCUGGCUGGUACAACAAAGAUGACAAGCCUCCUAUAGCUGUGGUUAUUACCAAUGACUUUGACUUUGGGAUCAACAGCUCAGUGGACUAUGAGAUAGUCAGCAGCCCUACCAUACCAACUAGUUUAACUGGGCAUUUAGCAUCUACUACAAACUUUUUCAAUAUUGACAAAGAUGGAAGAAUUUUCUCACAGGUUGAUCCUAAAUACUUGGAUAGAGAAACUAGACCUAAACUUGAAGUUGUAGUGAGAGCUAAGGAUGGAGGACCUGACCCUCAGACAUCCACUGCUACUGUCACCAUUAUAUUGAAAGAUAUCAAUGACAACAGCCCUGUCUUCACACAAAAGACCUACAAUGUGACUAUGUCAGAGCACUUCAAAGAUGGUAUUGUCACUGAGGUGCAUGCAACAGACAAAGAUGAAAAUGACAAUGCUGAGCUCUUCUUUUCUAUGUCACAAGCCAAUGCUGCUAUGGGCCAUUUCAAAGUGGAUACUAUAGAAAACAAAGGCGCUAUCUCCAUCAAAGAGCCUGUUGACUAUGAGAAACCAAAUGAACGUUAUUUUGAACUGGAAAUAAUUGUCAGAGACAAAGAUUUGACACACACAGACACCGCUCAAGUUAGAAUCUGGGUAGAGGAUUUUAAUGACAAUGCCCCAAUGUUCAAAGACAGUCAUAUUAGCAGGUCUAUUGAGGAGAAUGCUGAGCCAGGGGAUGUUGUUGCAACAUUUGUAGCCACUGAUUCUGACUCUGGUAUAAAUGCUCUGUUCAGCUACUUAAUAGAUAGAGAGUCAGAUCAACGAAGAGAAUUUAUUAUCAAUCCAGAAACUGGUGAAGUAAAAACUCGUAAAAAGCUUGAUCGGGAAGUGGAUUCAAAAAUGACCAUCCUUAUCAAAGCAGUUGAUAAAGGUGACCCAAAGCAGACAGGAACAGCUACUCUGCAGAUAACAGUGUCAGAUGUUAAUGAUAAUUUCCCGAUUUUCAGGGAAGAUUACAGACCUAUAGUCAAAGAAAACCUUCAAGAUGGAUUUAAUGGCAUUAAAUUCCCACUGAAAGUGAUAGAAGUAUUUGCCAUAGACAAAGACUCUGCCAUUAAUGGACCACCAUUUGGAUUUAGUCUCCCAGAAAAUUGUGAAGAAGAAGCCUGCAAACAUUUCACUUUAAAAUUUAAUGAAAAUGCUGAUAGUGGAGAUGGCUCAGCUACCAUUUUGACUAGUUCAGUCUUUGACAGGGAGCAAAGCAAAUACUACAAGCUUCCCAUAGUGAUGUGGGACUUGCGUGGAUCAGGGAACCCUAAAGCUCAGACUGGGACUAAUACGCUAACUAUCACUGUUGGAGAUGUCAAUGAUAACCCACACUUUCCCGGUCAUCAGGACAUUUUUGUUUAUAAUUACAAAGGUCUGUUUGGUCCAGUAGUUAUAGGCCAGGUAUAUGCAGAAGACUUAGAUGACUGGGAUUUACCAGAUAAGACAUUUAACUUUCUUGGACCUGCCAGUAUGAAACACUUCUUUAGUGUGAACAACAAGACAGGUGAAAUCACCAUGAAGAAGGGUGUAAGGUCAAACUAUGGUGGCACUCCAUAUGAGUUUAAAGUGGAAGUUUAUGACAAGGUUUUUGACAAAACAGUUGUCAGUACUGUGUCUGUGGUGGUCAAGGAGCUGUCUGAAGAGGCUAUUCUUAACUCCGGAGCUCUCAGACUUACAGGUAUAACUGCUUCAGAAUUUAUUUCUGAGUCCAAAGACCCCAGGACUGGAGUGAGAAGUGAAAGUCUCUACACUCAGUUCAGAAAGCUGCUGGCAGAGAAACUGGGGUUCCCUAGUAAACACAACAUUGAGAUUGUGACUUUGAGAGAUGGCCCUGACUACCUGGAAGUUAGGUAUGCUGCUCAUGGCUCUCCAUACAUUUCAUCAGCACAAGCAGACACUGCUAUCAUUCUGAAUAAAGAAACGUUUGAGAGGUUGGGAAUUCAAAUCAUGGCCAUCCCAAUAGAUGAGUGUCUAAAUGAAAUCUUUGAAGGUGGCUGUUUCAAUAAGCUGCACAUCACUGGCAAGCCACUAAUGAUCAACUCUAAUGGAACCAGCUUUGUGGGGGUGGAAGCUUACUUAGUGGCCACUCAGGGCUGCGAGGCCGAUAAGUUCCCAGAGAGCAAUGACUGCGCUGGAGACUAUUGCUACAAUGGUGGCACAUGCAAGAAAGAUUUAGGGGGAACACUCCUCUGUUCCUGUUAUGAUGGCUUUGACGGUCCCAGAUGCCAGCAACGGCGCCAUCAUUAUAAUGGUAACAGUGUGUCUAUCUAUCCCACAUUACAGCAAUGUGAGGUCUCCCAGACCAGCAUAGAAUUUAUUACUGACCAGGAAGAUGGGGUGAUAUUUUACAAUGGUCCACUUGACAAUAUUGACCCCCUGGAGAGUCCACAAGAUUUCAUCUUACUAGAAUUGAGGGGAGGUUUCCCAACACUGCUCAUUGAUCAUGGCACUGGGAUGGCCAACUUGACUUUGGAUGGACGAGAUGAGCACUCCAACCAAUUAAUGCAAAAGUUAAAUGAUGGCAGAUGGCAUCACAUUGACAUUAAUAGAAAUGGCAAAUAUGUUGAACUUGUUGUGGAUAGAUGUCUAGCAGCUAUAGAGAAAAAUAACUUUGUGGAGAGUGAUAAAGUGUGCAGGGUGAUCCGUGAAACACCAGGGGAAAAUAUAUUUUUAAAUGUCAACACCCAUCUUCAUGUGGGUGGCCUGCACACCUCUGUCAAACUAAAACAUCUGAAUGGGUCUAGCCUGAAGGGUUUUAAAGGUUGCAUCAGAAACUUGAUUCAUAAUAAAAAGCUUUAUGACCUGCAUUUUAGAGAGAUGCCUGGGCUGAACUCUGGUAAAAAUGGCUGCCCUCCUGAAGAUGUCAUGUGUGCUCAUGAUCUGCCCAAACCAUUUUGUGGUGUCAAUGGAGUGUGUGAAGCAACAUUGGAUGGAAAGCGUGAGUGUCGCUGUCGUCCUGGCUGGUUUGGGUCAACUUGCAACAAAGCUGCUACCAUCCGAGACUUUGACAAGAACAGUUACUACCUUUGGGAGAUGAAAGAGAAACUCUUUAACUCCCCUCGGAUGACCAGUAAUCGUGACAUGGAUGUUCAACUAAUGUUCAGGACAAGACAGACAAGUGGAAUCCUGAUGGACUUCACUGACUCCACUUCAACAGAGUCCACUCGACACAUUAGACUUCUGUUGAAUGAUGGUAAGAUCCGCUUAACCUACAACUUGGGUGAUGGAGACAAACACCUUGAUCUCACUCACGCACGUGCCAACAAUGGCCAGUGGCAUGUUCUGAGGAUGGAGCGCCAUGGUAGAGAGUUUCACCUCAAGCUGGAUGGGGGCGAGGGAAAGAACUACAACUUCACUCUGAAGUCAGUGGGCAGUGAAAAGGAGCGCCACGUAUUUCGGCUAGACAGACAUGUGUACUCUGGGGCAUACAAGCAGGGUGUUGGUCUCUCCUCAGUUUUGAUUGAUGACCUCAUCCAUACAUGCAUCCAAGAUGUGAGGGUGAACAAUGGUUAUUUCCCCAUGACACACACUGAGCAGUCUGAUCCUGAUGCUAUGGCCAUUGUGGAGGAGAACCAGUCCACUAAAGAAAACUGUGAGAGACAUGACUGUCUGCCUGGAAUCUGUGAGGCCAACAGAGAAUGUAUCCCUCUGUGGGAGACUUAUGAGUGCAGUUGUGUGGGAGGCUUCAGGCCUGUUGGUGAAAAGUGUGUCUCAGGCUGUCAUCCCAACCCUUGUUUCAACAAUGUUUCUUGUGCCAUGGAUGGUUCAGAGAUCAUAUGUCAGUGUCCACCUGGAUGGACUGGUGAUCUUUGUGAUGCUCUAAGUCCAGAAGGAGUGAAAAGUGGAGAUCUGAGUGAUGGUGCAUUGGUGGCCAUAUUGGUCUCAUUUAUAGCAGUGCUGUUGCUAGCCCUAUCUGUGUUCCUGUUGUACAAAUUCUGUCCACAUAAUGAUGAGGGAGAGAAGUACAUCCUGGAGGUGGAUCCAGACGAUGAUAUCAGGGAAAAUGUCAUGAACUAUGAUGAGGAGGGAGCAGGAGAGGAGGACCAGGAUGCUUAUGAUUUAUCUCGACUUCAAAAGCCUACAUAUGAAACUCCAUUGAAGGCCUUAGAUGUCAGUAGGAGUAGGAAUUAUCUACAAGGAAAUGCUCCAAGAGACAAAGCAGAUAUUGGGAGCUUUAUAGAUGACCGCAUGAAGGAUGCAAACAAUGAUGAAGGGGCUCCUCCACAUGAUGCUGUCAGAGAAUACAGCUUUGAAGGUGAAGGCAGCGAUGCUGGCAGUCUCAGCUCUCUCUCCACUAGCAGCAGUGACCAAACUCAUGACUAUGAUUACUUAAAUGACUGGGGUCCAAAGUUUUCCCUAUUAGCAGACAUGUAUGGAGCAGGCCAGGUUCUAGAACAAGACUAGCCUGUUGUAUAAUAAUACUCAAGACAUUUAUUUAUUUUCAUCCAAGUUUUUUUUCCUUCAAUUUGUUCAGCCCAGCAAUUCAAAAUGCCUGACAAGUGUUCUGUAAGAUAUUAUAAAUGUAGUAGAUCGUGAAACCUACCUGCAUCUGAGUUUUAUAUUUCUAACAAAGGUGGAUAUUUGACGUUAAUAUAAAAACUAAAGACUCCACCAGUUUGUGUAAAAAGUGAUUAUUUUACUGUGCAGUUCUGUGAAUUAUGUUUGUUAAUUGUAAUGCGUAGUGUUACGACAGGAUUCAUUUUUCUGAUUGCUUGAAUGUCAAGUAACUAACAUGGACAAAAUACUGAAUGUAUCUACAGUAUUAGAUAGCUCUAGUCGGGACUAACUGUGAAACAUAGUUAUAUAUAUUUAUAAUGGUGUUUUUAAAGUUUUCUUUUGUGUUUGUGUUCAUUGGAUCAAUAAAUGUUUUCGGAUUACAAGUCAAAUGUUAUUGGCUGAGAAGAGAAAAUGUUUUACUUAACAAAUUGUGUGUGGAUGCAAAAUCCUUUAGCCAAUACAUUUUCCACUUGUGCAUGAUUUCAUAAGAUGGGAAGUAAAUAAAUCCUGUGUGAUUCAUUGGUCAUGUUGGGAGGCUAAAAUGUUGAGCAUGUGUGUUUGAAUGCACAGUUUGUAUUGAUGCUAUGCAUGUGGUGUGAGAAUCAUUUUGAAAACAAAAAUGUGUAUGACUUUGGCAUGUAAAGAACAAGUUGUUAAAAAAAAAUGUGCCUACUAAAUAUGAUACUUACAUAAAUGACACUAUACUUCUAAUGUGCAAUUAUUGUGAUUCCAGAAUUAAUCAAAAUAUAUAGGUGUGUGCAAUGAUUGUGUGUGUAGGAUUUGGAAUCAUUUGAAAUGAAUACAGAACAGAAAACGUGUGCAAAUAAGAAUUGUCAUGAAUAGAUUUAACUCUGCUUUCAGUGAAGCAAAGUAUUGUUUCCUAUAUAGAUAUUUGUAGUUUGUUGCUUUGAAACUUGUUGUGACAUUUAUAUCUUGGCUUGCACCAUUAGGUCAGUGCUGCCCUAGCAUUAGAUGUUAAUGGUAAAUGUUGAGAGCUCUGUGGACAUAUCUCCUUAAAAGUGGUAUAGUUCUGUCUAUUCUAUUGUACUAGCAGGGAUACUGUAGCUCUAUACAUAUUACAUCCCUCCCCCUCACCUUUCUUUCCCUAAAAAUAAUUUGCCAUGAUUUUGUGUGCAUUACUGAUUUGGAAACAAUGCAAUAAAAAGACUCACCUGUGACUGGUUCAAUGUAGCUUAAACUUAUUUUUUUUUAAACUUUUUUUUUUCUUAAUUUUCAACCUAUCCACUAUUUAUUCUGUUAAGUAGAAUACAUUUAGUUGAUCUUGUGUCAUUUUUUGUUGUGUGCAUGUUUAUAUGAUAUGAAUCUGAAGUAUUUUAUCCUUCUGUUGUUACUGAGGAGGUACUUUGUAAUGUUUUAUGUAUUAUAUCCAAUUGUGAUGCAAUUAUUUAAUAGGGUGAAAGGGUAUUAAUAUAUAACAGUAUAAGUGAAGUUAUAAGCAAAUUACAACUACUUCAUGUAAACUUUCAUGUUUGGUUGUUGCAAAAAGGUGUGCAUCAAUAUUUAUCUCUGCAUUGUUUGAUAGUUGCUCUGUGUAAAAGACAUGUUGAACUUUGCAAUUUUUGUUUUAUAAAUAUUUUUUCAUCUGUACAUAGCACAUUUCAUCAAGAUCUGGUUAUUGUUUGUUUUAAUGGAGAGCAGCGUUAUAAAAUUAUCAAAGUAUCACCAAUAGCACAUCAGUCUAUAGUUUAUACACAGUUCUUGCAUAUUUCACUUACCAUGUCCUGUGCAGCAUGUUUUCUUUCAGAUAUGACUAAAUUAUUGAUCAGUAUAAACCUUUUGUGCUAUGUCAAUGUCUAUGUUGCUGACUAACAUAUAUUGGUCUGUUAACAUUUGAAAAUAUUAUACUGCAAAAAAGAUGCUGAUAUUGUUACCAUUUUUUUUUACUUUGAUCAACAUAUCAGGAGAGUCUAAAAAAUAACAUGUUGCUCAUUUGUAGUAAAGAUAUCUAUAUACUGAGAGUAUUAGUAUAUUAAGUACUUUAUUUUUGAAAUACUUGCUAAAUUGAAUCUUGAAAAGAAGGGAAGACUGCAAGAUGGUAGAGGAAGUAUAGUUCUUUUAAAUAGUAAAGUAACAUCUAGUGUAUUGCAUGUCAGGUUCAUAUGUCUCAGCCUCUUGGUAUUGUUAUUUUUGUACAACUUUUUAUUUCUGUUGUAUGUAUGUAAAAUGUUGUGAUAGCAUUUUCAUGGUCAUUGAUUCAAAAAGAUAAUUUAUUGGUUUCACUUCCUUCAGGGUCUAUGAUUAACCUUUAGAAAUUUGGUAUUAACGCUUCCAUAUGUUCUUACCAAUCAUAUCUGUUUCUGGUCUCCUAUUACUCACAUGAAGAUUGGCGUUUGGUUAUCUACAACUACAUACUUUAUGUGUAAAAGUGUGUAGCUUUGUUCAUAGGGUUUCUUGUUAAAAAAUGCAUUCUUGUAUAUCCAGUCUUUGGUUCUUUUUUUUUUUUUCAAGUAUUUCUAUUACUAUACAAUAGUUGUGUUUUGAUAUCACUUUACUUAAACACAACUUUUCUUUUUGUAAACAGUUCAUGUACUCUUAUUCAAUGGUAAAACAAACAGCACAUUUAGGCUGGAGAAGUUGGCAGUGAGUUUUUCUCCUGUGUUAGAUGUGUUUGUAGUUUUCUUAUAUAAUUAUAUAUAAUUAUGCGAUUAAUUCUGUCAGUAAGCUAAAUUGAAACAAUUCCCCUGAGAAAUUGGAUAAAUAUUUAUUAUUUCAACACUCUCAAGUGGCUGUGUACCAGGCAAAGCUGGAAUCAUUGUGUCCACAUUAAUUUUGUUGAUCUAAAAUUGAAUCGAAAUGUUCACAGCUGUGACUAUCUAAGUGUAUCUAUUUAUUGAACUAUUUAUCUCUGAUCUAUACAUUAAACUUGUUAAUGGCAGUGUGUUUUGUUUGAAAGAUGUUUUCUUGGACUGUUACAAAAGGACUUGAUUGAAAGUUGUCUUUGUUGGAUUCAGUUACAAAUUGACUUGACUGACAGCUUGACUCCUACCGCCGCCCUCAUUACUAUUGAUGCUAGACAUUAAAUCAACCUGUAUACUUUUGUUGCACAAACAUGAAACCAGUGACUUUGGUGUAAGACAAGAACAUUUUUAGGUAAAUAGUGCAUUAUAAAUCUUAUCUGAAGGAGAUAAAUAUGCAUUAAAUUUCAGCUGUCUUGAGUUCAUUGUGUGACCAGAGUUACAUAAAUACCAAAGUUUAAAAGUUCUUUUUAUUCAUGAUGUUCUAUUGAUCUUUAUUAUUAAUCAGGAUACAUUACCAUUUGGGUUUGAAUAAGUGUUCUUUGAGUAAUUAGUUUAAGUUACACUUUCUCCUCAAAAAGUCAUGGUUGCACAAGCUACCAACCUGUUUUCUGGUAUAUAUUUUUAUAUAUAUUCCAGCUUUAACUUAAUACUUUAUAAAAGAUAAUAUUGACUUAAUCAAAAUAAUGAAGUCAUACAUAUCAAUGACCAUAGUCCACUGAUUAUUAAAAAAAAAAUUGAACUUUAGUUGGUGUCUACUGUACAGUUUGAUUCAUAUAAGUGUUGUGAAGAGGAAGAAAAGAUGUUCUAUAUUUGUACCUCCAAAUAAUUUAUCUUUCAAUAUUAGACAUUUACAAUUUUUAAUGUACAACUUGUAACUAUUUUUUUAUUAACACAUUUGUACACAAAAAAAUUCAGUUUCACCUGAUUUCUUUUGGAGCUUUAAUUUUUUUGUUUUGAAUGGUUUUGUGUUUGUGAAAAUAUUUAUAAUUUUCAUAUGAAGAUAAUUAACCUGACAAUGAGUCAUUCAUCUUGAUUUUUAAUUUGUUUUAAUAAGUAAAAAGACCAUCAAGGGCAGCCAUAAGAUCAACCAUGAUGAGUAAUAACAAAAUGGGAUUGUCUGUUAGCAUUCCGGGGACUUCAUUUAGCAAUGUUUUUUUUUUUUGUUUUGCUUUUUUCAUUGGAGUGCUUCAUUUUGAUUUGCUUGUAAAAGUUUGGUGUUCAAUAUUAUCUCUAGAAAAAAAAACUUAGGUUUAUUUGUGUUUAAGAAUUCCAUUAUACUGCUUUGAUCUAUUGUGUUUGCAUGUGUUUAUAUUGCUAAGAAAGUUGACACACUUGUUUUCCAAUCAUACAAUAUUGGAUUUUAUAUAUAUUUUUCUUUUGCUGUUUAAUGAGGUUAUGAUUGCAAGAAACAUGCAGUAUAAAUUAUUCAUCGAAAUCAUAAUAAUAAUUUCUAAACUAUGACUUUGUUUUUCUUCUGCAAUCUUACUGAUUUAAGAAAUGUCUCCUAAAAUUCCAUUUCAUCUUCAUUAUGCUCACCAUCUUGAAUGACAAAAAUAUCAUCAGUCAAUUGUUAAUGCCAAUGUCAAACUCUUAUUAUACUAAUAAAUUACUUCAAUGAUA